AUGGCCGAUCUUUCCAUAUCAGAUCCAGAAGCGGAAUUUCUGGCGUCAAAGCAAGAAACUGGAAACGAAUGGGAGCUCUACAAAGAGAACGUCAGACCCUUGAAAAGAGGCCGAAACGUUAGCCUCCUCAAUCAAGCUCUCAAAUCCCAAACCGACAAUCUCAUCAAGAAAUCUCUUCAUGAAAAUCGCAGGAGGUUGAUUGAAGCGAUCGACGAGUAUAAAGGAGACGAUCCACUCCAACCCUGGCUCGAGUGCAUCAAAUGGGUGCAGGAGUCUUUCCCAUCUGGGGGAGAAUGCUCGGGAUUGGUUUUGAUUUAUGAGCAAUGUGUACGCACUUUUUGGCAUUCAGACCGCUACAAGGAUGAUCUACGUUACCUGAAAGUUUGGUUGGAAUAUGCAGACAAUUGUGCUGAUGCUGAAGUGAUAUAUGGUUUUCUGGAUGCAAAUCAGAUUGGGCAAACUCACUCCAUUUAUUAUAUUUCAUAUGCUUUGCACAUGGAGUCUAAGAAUAAGUUGAAAAGGGCAGAUGAGAUUUUCAAUCUUGGUAUAGCUAGGAAGGCACAACCAAUGGAAAAGUUAGAAGCAGCUUACAAGAAAUUUCUUGCACACUCAACAGGAAGAUGCAAAGCUGCUGAAGAUGAGCCAAUGGAUAAUCACUUACCAGUUCGAAGUUUUGGAACUGUCUUGACUGCUGCAGAAGCUCGUAAGCAGACUGCUGAGACAUCUGGUCUGGCAAGAAAAAGAACAAAGCUACAAAGGCAAGUAUCUAGGCCACUUUCCGUCUACAAGGAUGAAAGCCCUCAAAUUGCCACAAGGAAUCAACCAGAGUCAAUGAAGGGUGAUGCCAGAUCUUGGCAUACUCUUGGAAGCCGAGUAGAGAGAAAUAAAGAAAAUUCUGCCAUCCCUUCCAAAUGGACAUCAACUAAGAUUCCUCAGCGUGUUGGGUUUAGAACACGACCAGCACCUUCCAGCAGUUGUGUUGAGGUGUUUGUCGACGAUGAAUGUGCAGAAUUACUGUCAGGGGUUAACAACAAAGAAUGUGUGGACCCUUCGAUACUGCAGCUAAGACGAGGGGACAACCAAAACCUCAAAAAAGAAACAGAGCUGCUGAAAGAAAACCCGCUUCGCAAUUUUCCUCCAAGUAGUCUUCCCAGGUGAUAUAUUUUUGUAUGUUUUAUAGCACCUUAGGUGAGCUUCCAUCUCUAAAGCUUCUCUGACUCAAUUAUGUGUUUGGUUGUUGUUGUAAACUAUACUUCAGCGUCUGCUCUCCAUUUUUCUAAUGCUGGAAUGUUGAUUGAAGAAACAGAAAUUUGAGACAA